AGCCGUCUCAACUGAGUCCCCACUCCUCAAAUACCCGAGCCCGUCGCAAUCAUUGUGACUAGCGGUCUUCACCUGGCAUUCUACACAGCAUGCGCUCUCAUACCAAGUUGUAUGUGCAUCCUGACCUCAAGCCGGAGGAGGGAGACGUGACCCUAGUCACUACGAUAUGCCUCGUACUAUCCCUUGCGCUCGCGGGCGCCAUCUUCAUCGUCGCGCUGUCGUGUCUGCUCUGGGAUGACUGUCAAUCAUCGUACGGCCUCGUACUGGCUCAUCGGGCUAGGUACCUGUCCGCGCAACAACUCCUGAUUACGUGACUUUGGGAUGCUUCGAUUCACCACUGGCGGAGAUAUUGUGCCAUAUCCAUUGCGACGUAUCCCAUACCCCAUUCGAAUCCCUCUACAUCGUCCAUCGCUACCUGAUCCUAUACUGCAGGAUCAGCUACUGCGUAUUCUUUUGCAAGCCUUCGCUUUGCCAACGCUUGAAGGACCGACACUUUAACUUAUCACUCACUACCAUACAACUGUUCGUCUAGGUUCGAAUUCGUCUGUCCCAUGUAGCAUUAACACUCAGGGUCCUCCCAAUAUUGAACGUGUAUCACAUUCGCAUAUGCAAAUCCUUGUACAUCAGCGUCAGCUAUCGCCGUUGCGGUACCUGGGCAACGGCUCUGAGGGAUCUGGGGCCCAGAACGUUCCUUAGCACGAGUCGGACA